GCCUCCUUACUCCGAAGCUAAGGAGAACAACACAAGAAGAGGAGGACCAAGAUAUAUUCACUUGAUUCAGUAAGUUAGUUGCUAGCUGAACAACAUUAAAACGAUGAGAACACCUGGGCUGAGCAUAUGUGAAUGACGGAACCGGCUCCGCCUAAAUCCGUUGCGCUGGAGAGAGGAGGGGGACGACGAACAGUCGGCAAGGAGAGCGACUGAUAAAGGAGGGAGGAACUGCUGAAGAAUCAGACCAACUACGAUAAAACCCAGAGAGCCACACCGGGGCUGAGAUGACGUAAGCACGGUCCUCGAGCGUUCCGCGCAUCCAUUGCGCUCCUCAGCAACUUGGUGAAGAGACUCGCCGGCGCGCGUGAAGCUCGGAAGCAGCUGCGCUCAAGCCUCCUCGCCUUAUAAAGUACGUGGGUGACGAAAGCUAUCGCGUGCGCGUAAAUUCAGCACUUGGUUCACGAGACAGCUCCGGUGUGUCGGCUUUCCUAACUGGACUCAAUUUCAAGAGCAGUUCUUUCAGUACUUUUUAAAACACUCUCGCACGCAUGAACAUUAGAAGAGUCAUCAUAUUUACUGCUUUCAUCUAACUGAGAUCCAUAGUCUGGGACAUUCUCCACUAAAUAUGUACCAGGGGCAUUUGCAGCUGGUGAGUGAGCAACAAGAGAGCCGUCCCUUGCUGAGCCCUUCCAUCGAUGAUUUCCUCUGCGAGACCAAGUGUGAUGGAGCUGCCCGCCCAGUAACCUCCAACACAGCAGUACUCUCCUCCUCUCUGGACCUGCUGGAUCUGAGUGAGCCUGGUGAGAGAAGACACAGCAAAGACAGGAAGAGCCCUCUUUCUACUAAGGGCACAUCAUACAGGAAGAAGCCCGAUGAAACAGAGCUGAUACAAGUGGAUGUUGAACAGAGUACACCCUGUUCCCGUACACCUGAAAAGAUUUCACUGGACUCAGUAGCAGUUCCAUCUUCUUUGGACAAAUGGGAAGAACUCAACCCACACCCGGAGCGAAAUAGUAGCAGAAAGUGGAAGCUUGAGAGAAGACGUUCAUCAAAAAAUUCUGGUGAAUUUGUGUGGUCGAUGGAUUGCAAGACUCAGCUAGACACUGCCCCCAGGAACUCCCUGGAGGUCAGUAAUAAAGUAGAGGCAGAAGCCGUGCCAGUAACUCAACUCAACAGGCAAUAUAUUAGUGGAAGACAUGGCCGUUUGAGCAAAGACCAAAGGUGGGGUAGCACCCUCCUGUCCAGAAACCAGUCUCUGGAGGAAGAGUUUGAGAGAGCUAAGGCAGCAGUGGAGUCAGACACCGAGUUUUGGGAUAAGAUGCAGGCAGAGUGGGAAGAGCUCGCUCGCAGGAACUGGCUAACAGAGAACGAUCGACCACAGAUUCCCUCUAAUGUGUCUCCUCAUGAGAAGGGGUACUACUUCCACACAGAUAACCCUUUCAAAGACUGGCCAAAUGCAUUUGAGGAGGGGUUACGCAAGUCCAGAGAGGGCGACCUGCCUAACGCUGUACUUCUUCUGGAAGCAGCUGUACUGCAGGAUCCUCAGGAUUCGGAGGUGAGCGAGUGGACUGAUAAAACAACAGCAGUCGGCCAGGCUUGGCUGGUGCUGGGUACCACGCAAGCAGAGAAUGAGAAUGAGCAGGCAGCAAUUGUCUCCCUCCAGAGGUGUCUGGAGCUCCACCCCAACAACCUCCAGGCCCUCAUGGCCCUGGCAGUGAGCCUGACCAACACAGGCAUGAGGCAGGAAGCGUGUGAGGCGCUGUUGAGCUGGAUAAGGCACAACCCCAAAUACAAGCAACUUCUGAAGAGCCGCACACACCUGCAGGCCUCACCUGGUUCACGGAGACCCUCCUACCCUUCCGCAGUGGGCUGCCCUCUGCUGCCCGAGGUGAAGGAGCUGUACCUGGAAGCUGCCCAGCACAACUCGGACACGAUCGACCCAGACCUGCAGACAGGGUUGGGAGUGCUGUAUAACCUCAGCUCCGAGUUCAACAAAGCAGUGGAAGCCUUCAACGCAGCGCUGUCAGUGCGGCCGGAGGACUACCUGCUGUGGAAUCGGCUGGGGGCGACGCUGGCUAAUGGAGAUCGCAGCGAGGAGGCUGUGGAGGCCUAUACCAGAGCCCUGGAGCUCCAGCCCGGCUUCAUCCGCUCACGUUACAACCUCGGCAUCAGCUGCAUUAACAUGGGCGCUCACAGGGAGGCAGCCAGUAAUUUCCUGACGGCUCUUAGCCUGCAGAGGAAGAGCAGGAGUCGGCAGCUUUCGCACCAGGUCAUGUCUGGAAACAUCUGGGCGGCCCUGCGGAUAGCGCUGUCCAUGCUGGACCAGCCGGAGCUCUUUCAAGCUGCUAACAUAGGAGACCUGGACUUACUCAUGAAAGCGUUUAACCUGGAUAUGUGAGCGAGGAUACCCCUUUAACCAUGGCAAAUAAUCCAAAGUCCUUUACGAGAAGAACUUUGUCAGAAGAGCAACCUUUGUUUUCGCAGAGCACCUUUACAUUCCUGAGAACUGAGUGCUGAAUGAUACUAUUUUACUAGAUUUGCACAUCAGUUUACGAUUAACCUAAAGAGCACAAUGCCGGGUGAAGAUUGUACAAGUAUGCCUUAGAGAAAAUAUCAGCCAGACCUGCAAUGUAACAGUGGGAAUCAGAGGACACCACGAUUGACGAGAGGAACGCAGACUAUAAAUGUGCAAGAACAACAUAAGCUUGAUGACUUGAUUAGAUGUACUGUACUGCGUAUACUUCAUGUAUUGGUUCGAUUGCACUCUUUAUUUGAGAUGGUGGGGUUCUUAUAGAUUUAAAAGGCACUUAGUUCAACCCUGGACACUCCUCACCUGAUCUCUGCUGCAUCAUCCCCUUUAUUUCCUGAAGCUUGCAGACCAGACUAAAAAGCCUUACUUAUCUUGCAUGUAAAAUAAAUAAUUGAGAUGUUAUCGAUAUGAGACCAGAUAAAAGCCAUUCCUUGCCAUACUUUGACCUCUUGAUGUAGAAGUCUGUUUUCCAUCAAGAUCUAUUUGUGAAACAUACCACGUCUUUGAAAAGUUACGCUGAUUAUUUCACAAAAUUCGAUGCACUGCCCCUUUUGCCACAGUUUUAAGCCUGGGAUUGACGGGACGACAAGAAACUGCCCAAAAUAUAAGCCAAACUAUUUGUGAGUUUCACAGAUCUAUAAAGUAAUAUUGUUGUUUUUCUCAUAUUACUUGUUAUGGUUCAUCUCCAGCUUGCAUGAUGUUUUAUUUUGCUCAUCAGUGUGAAGUCGCAAGUGCUUAAUGUUGCAUAAAAGUCCUACGUUUUAAAAUGCUAUGCAAAUAUAUUUUUUUUUUCAUUUAGCCGUAAGCAGAAGAAAAGCCCAAAGUCCCAGAAAGCUGUACUUGCUUUAUCACUUUUUGUGUUUUAAGGUGUAAACCAGGAGGUAGAAGGUAGAAGAUCUGAUAAUCCCCUGUAGAUGGUUUAUUGUAUUUAAAGGGAUACGCCACCCCAAAAGGAACAUUUCCACCAUGUCUUUCCUAAGAUCACAAGCCUCCCGGUUUUCAUCCAAAAUAUCUUAAAUUGUGUUCCGAAGACAAACAACGCUUUUACAGGUCUGGAACUACAUGGGGGUAAGUGAUUAAUGACAAAAUUUCAUUUUGGGGUGGAGUAUCCCUUUAAACCUACCCACAUUAAUCCAGAUACAUUUGAAAAUGUCUUUUUCUCAACAUUCUGGCAUUUCGUCCCCUGAGGUGCUGUUUUUGUUCUGUGAAAAUAGAUUUUACAACAUUCUGAUGAUAAUCACUAUUUACAAAAAUGGCACGUAAAUUUGUGGAAUAAAACUUUUCCCAUGGCAAUGUGAAAUGUGAAAUAUAAUCUUGAUAUUAAAUUACUGCAAAAAUACAAAUUUACUCACAAUUGCUGUCCUGCAGCUGAUCAUAAGGACAGUUGAGACGCCAUAAAUGGAAUAGCAAUUGAGUGUAGCCUGGACAAACCAUUAAGUGGUGAUGUAUUUUGCUAAGAAAAUGAUUGUGCAAGAAGAAUAGCUAUAGAAUGAUAUACUAUAUAUGUGGUCUCGCUGAAACACAUCAGCUUAGUUAUGCAUGCAUAUUAAGAUGAUUUAAAGGGAUUGUUCUUCCCAAAAUAAAAUUCUGUUAACAUUUACUCACCCUCAUGUUGUUCCAAACCUAUUUGAGCUUCCUUCUUACUAUUGAACACAAAAGAAGAUAUUUCAAAGAAAAUUUGUAACCAAACAGCUGCCGGUAGCCAUUGACUUCCACAGUAUUUUUUCCCAUAUUAUGUAAGCCAGUGGCUACCGUCAACCAUUUGGUUACACUCCUCUGAAUUUCUUCUUUCGAGUCAGUAUUUUUAUUUUGGGGUGAACUAUCAAGUUUGUUUUUCUUCGACGUUUUACUGAGAAAUUGAAACUAUUGGAAAAUGCCAGUGCAACAAAAAAGCAAUUUUCUUAUGUAUCUGGAUUAAUUUAGACAUAGCCCAAGCAAUGGUUCUUAUUUAAAAAGGCUCCCUAAUCCAGAUGAGCUUUUAUUUGUAGCAUCAUAUUUUUAUUAUUCCCAUCUAGCGCAAUCAUUUAUUAAAAAAAAAAAAAAAACAAUCUAUAUCAAUGAAAAAGCAUGCAAAGCCAUUCAAGCACCCAUUAUAAAGUGUUUUUAAUUGUUACUAUAUUUAUUUAAUUACUGCUCUAUGUUUUUCUUUUAUUACUCUGUAUCUGAGCCUAUUUGGAAAGUCUUGUAUAUGUUCAUCGAUACAGUUAGAACAGGCUUGUGCUUUGUAGCUGAAUGUUACAGUAGAUACUGUAGAUUCUCUCACGCCUGAGGCCUAACCUCCAGUUUUCUAGAACUUUGUACAAUCUCAGGUGUGACUGUCUAGAUGAAUUCAUGCUCCUGAAGUACUCCUGAUGUAUGACCGCAUGCCGAAUUUACUUAUUUUUGAAUGCUGUAGAUUUAUUUAUAUGCAUGACCUUGACAUGCCUAUUUUAAUCUAUACCCUUCAUUUCUAUGACUUCUAUAUAACUAUAUUCACUAUAUUUUGCAUUUCAAAAUAUAUAUUGAUCUGAAGAAUAUGGCAUAUUAACUGUAAAAUAUCUACAAAUGCAGUGAUU